CCAUCACCCACCAACCAACAAUGAGCAAGAAGUUGCUGAAGGCGGCCAAGGCGGCGAUUCAGGCGCAGGAGUACGACAGGGCACUGGACGCAGCCAACCAAAUCCUGGACGAUGAGCCGGACCAUUUUCACGCACUGCUCUUCGCUGCUAUUGCACACGCCAAGCUUGGCGACUUCACCAGCGCCCAACAGCGAUACAAGGAUGCACUGGCGGCAGAUUCUACCCAGGCCGUCGUCCACCAGGGCCUGGCUGAGUUGUAUGAGGCGCGGCUGCGCGACGAUGAAGAUGCCGAAGACGAGAUGCUGUCGCUGCUCAAGGACACCUACAACACGCUGCUGACCAUGCAGGGAAACAACGCCACCGUCAAGGGCGAGCUUGUUCUGAGCCGCCUCUCCCGCGUGGAGGACAAGCUGGAGCACUUCCAGGAGGCCGCGAAUUUGGUGCGAAGGGCCGCCGAUAUUGCUAGCGAGCCUGCAGAGAAGCUGGACCUGUGGACACGUGCGUUGGAGCUGACGAUGAAGCGAGAGGCUGGGCUUGACCGUGCCAAGAAGCUCAGCUAUCCAGACCCCGUCGCCAGGCGGCGGGCCAUCAUGGACGACAUUGAGAACGAUCCGCAGUCCGCCACGGCGCCUGUCAUCUCUGCCAUGCUGCCACUUGUCGAGCAGGGCCACCCCGAAAAGGCGACGGUGCGGCUGUUGGUGAGGCGGAUCCAGGCGCUGUGGAGCGUUGGCCGUAUGGAUACGGCCGCGGCGGUGCGCGCGUUUCGACUCGGUGUCAGCGCCAUCCAACCUGCCAGCACUGACGAUGAUGUUAGAGACGAUGGAGGUGUUGAUGAUACUGCGACGAAGAAAGCUGCUGUGGAGACGGCACUGGCGCUGUACUCCAACCUGGCUUGCGAUGAUGAGGGUGCACAACUCAUUCAAGACUGCAAGGAGGUGGGUGUGAUUGCUUCCCUCGCCGACUCCAUCGAGGACUCGGACGUGGCCGUCGCUCUCAAAGUGGAGCGAGCGCUCAACACUUCAUCGCCGACGAGCGUCAAUUGGGACGAACUGCAGGCGGAGGUCGAGAAAACCGUGGACACACACGCAGACACGCGGGACCUCAUUCUCCUCCGAAAGCACCUCGCCCUGCUGCUGUACAGCCGGGAUGACUUUGCGGGCUGCGAUCGCACGUGCCAAGCGGCUCUCGAACGCAUCAACGCGCUCAACGCAGAGGCGGCAGGACGAAAGCUCCGGCGCAUGUGGGAAUGGUUUACGGUGAUGCACGCCGUGACGAUGACCCACCUCGACACGCUGCACUUGAAGCAGCACCAAACCACGCUCGCUACACACGCGGAAAACGCCUUUGCACAAGCCGGCCUGGCGCGGAUCGCUGCCCGGUGGAACAAGCGCGAUCUUGCCAUGAUGCACGCGGAGACUUCGGUUUCGCUCGACAACAUGUGCGGUACUGCCCAUGCGGCCCUUGCGGUGGCGCGGGGUAUGGCGGGCGAUGUGGAUGGCGCAGUGGCGGCGGCCAAAGCAGCCGUGGACGUCCAGCCGACGUGCGCUGACCACCACUACCAACACGGCAGAUUCCUCACGCUGCAGCACCAGCAGCGCUUACGACAACAACAGCAGCAACAGCAGCAGGACGGGAGAGACAGUGCCGGCGGCAGCAGCGUGGCCGGCACCACCACCACCACCACCACCACCACCACAUCCGAGGUGGAGAUUGACGCUGCCCUUCCCAUCCCACGGACAGCAUUGCGUCCAUGGCUCCUGUGUCUUCGCGUCAGCCGCGGCCACAGCAACGCCCUGUACUACAUUGGCUGCUACUACGCCGCCACCAACAUGGACAAGGCUGUGCGCUGCUAUGCAAAGGCACUUGAGGCUGAACCCCUGCAUCCGAAGGCCGCCCAUGCCCUUUGGCUCGCACACAUGCGCGCGGGGCGAACGGAGAACGCGGAUGCACUGGUGACGACACUGGCGGCGCACGCGGGCUCUGAUCGGCUGUCGUGGGUGUGGAUGCGCAAGGCGUUGCUUGAGCUCGGCAGCGGGGACGUGGGCACAGCCGUUGUCUCGCUGCAGACGGCCCUGCGUGCAGACACGGGCAGCGCGCUGCUGUGGCAGCUGCUUGGAGAGGCGUACCACCGGCGCGGUAGCUUCCUCGCCGCGCACAAGGCGUUUGACCAGUGCCUCGAGCGAGACCCAGCGUGCCUGCAUGCAAUGUACAUGAAAGGACUGGCGCUGCUGCGGCUUGGGGACGAGGAAGAGGCCAUGCACACGUUCCAGUCUGUUCUCGACAUUGACAACACGCACGCGCCCGCCAUUGAAGGGCUUGCCUCGGCGCUGUACUCCAAUGCGCGCACGUUCUAUCGGAACAGACGUCCCGAACUCUGCCUUGACGCAAUCAACCACGCCCUCGCCGUCCUCCAGCCAGCCCUGCACUCCUCCAACCCAUACGUGUGCCUGUGGAAGCUGUGCGGUGACGCGUAUGAGCUGGCCACGCAGCUGCCGCCCACGACCAUGGCCCGCGUGCAACCCAUCAUGUUCGCCUCCACAGCGGCUGCAUCGAAUGCUGCUGGCGAAGAUGCUGGAGCUCAAGACACCUGCUUUGCGGUGCUCAACGCAUGUGCUGCUGCUGCGUUCGCGCGUGUUGUGCGGUCGCAUGCGACGGCCGGCGCCUAUUGCGACCUCGCCGUUAACCGCUGGCGGCUGUACAGCAGCAAGCACGCGAAACGCGCCGGACCACGGGAAGACACCCUCUUGCAUCAGGUUCAGCGCUUGUGCAUGCAGGCACUGACCUUGGAUCGCGACUACACCGACGCGUGGAACAUGCUCGGCAUCGCCGCAUUUGCACUCCAGGACGUGCGCCUUGCGUACAACAGCUUUGCGAACGCGGCCACGUCCUCCCCCAGCAGCGCAUCCACGUGGGUGCACAUUGGGGCGCUGUUUAAAUCGCGCGGCAGAACACGCGAGGCGCACCGUGCGUUCACACAGGCGCAGAUGCUGGACCCAGGCAAGUCGCGGGCGUGGAUUGGGCAGGCGCUGGUGGCCGCGGAGGUGCAGCACGAAGAGACGCUUGAUCUCUUCCGCCACGCGCUUGAGCUAUAUCCACACGGCAGUGCCGCCCGCGCGUUUGCAUUCUACACGCUGGAGUCACUUCGCCCCAAGCGGCACUCCGCCACACCCAAUAGCGGGAGUGGUGCCGGCAGCAGCGGUCGUCGCGGACAUGUGCCGACACCAACGGGCGACGUGCCGCGUGGAUGCGAGGAGCAGUACCUGCUGCAGGCGAGCACAGCGCUGAUAGCGCUCACAUCAACAGCAGGCGGCAGCGCAGACGUGUGUGUGCACAACAUGUGCGGCGUCCUGUACGAGCGCCUGCGUCUGUACAAACGCGCGGAACAGCUCUACCGACAAGCGCUUGACCUCGCCCAGCAGCAACAGGCGCACGCUGCUUCCGACAGUGCUGAUGACAGCGACAACAACGGCAACAGCAACAAUGUCAACAACGGCGUGCAUCUUGCUGUCAUCAAGCACAACCUUGCGCGGUGCCUGGCGCUGCAGGGCAGUGCGGAGUGUCUGCCGCUGUUUGCACAAGAAGUGGAAGCUGGCACAGCAGACACGUCCACGCUCUGUCUUUACGCAAAGGCGCUCCUGGAACAGGGCGACAUCGCUGCAGCAUUUCAGGUGUACAAGCAUGCACAUGAUGCAUCACCGGGCAGCGAGGACCGGGCGGAGAUUGCUGCGAGUAUGGCUGUUGUUGCUUUUGCCAACGACGAGGUGGACCUUGCCAAGCAGCUGUUGGCUGAGGCGACACGUGAUCCGGCGGCCUGCCCGCCAGCCGUCUUCAUCACCGCCGCUCUCGGUCUCUUUGCCGGCGAUCUGCAGCUCGCAGAGCACGCGCUUGCGUAUGGGCCGCAGCUGUGGACGGAUGGCACAAAUUCCAGCAAGCCGUUUGUGUCGGAGUACUUGCGUUUGUCGGCGUUUGCAUAUGCAAUGGCGGGGGCGCCUAAAGUUGCUCAGUCCUUCCUCAUGCAGCUGAUCCAUGUCUUCCCCGAGGACGCAAGCACGUGGACUCUGCUUGCACAGGUGUUGUGCGGCGGCAAUCCAGCGCCAGCAGCCACAUCAGCAGCGGUCGUUGCGCUCAAGGCCUCUGCUGCUGCGUCUGCAACCCACUCUGCACGCGAGAUGGAGGCUGCUGCCCUCCUCGCCCGCGGCGCACACGACGCACGCGCCCGGCUCGAAUACCCUGCCCCCACUCCCCGCAGCACGGCGCCACAGAGCAGCGAGGGCGCACAGAAUGCCGUCGAGACGGAGGUGUGGCCUCGAAUGCUGAUGCUCUGA